GCGCGCUGCCCCGGGCGAAAUGUUCGGUGGGGCAGGGGUCUCGUCCCCAUCACCUCCGGUGAGAGCGAUAUGCGGAGGCACUCCGGCGCGGGAGGGGGGUGAUAAUAUUGUUUUUUUCGCCGACCCCGAGCCGCCGGAGGCAUGCGCGGGGUCCCUCGGUGAAGGGUGCGACGAGGGCAGGGUGCCCUCCCUUCCCUUCCUCUUUCACAAACGGAGGAACCCCACUUUACGCGACCGUCGGCCAACGUUUUGGCGAGGUCGAGCCGUCGGAGGCGCGCGCGCACCCCCAGUGAAGGCUGCGAAGAGGGUGGGGGUCCUCCCCCUCUCCGAAUUGAGUCAAGAUGGGGGUGUCUUGACCCCUUGUAAGACGGCUUUUGAUGACUCUUAG